CGGUCCGGCCCGGCCCGGCCCAAACAGUGGAGCUCUGAUAAGCUGAAGCUGCUCGGAGGCUGGACGAGCCGGGCGCGCGUUGCUAGCGAGCGGCGGGGCCAUGGCGGGCGGGGAAGAGCGCAGUGACGGGGAGCCAGUAUCUGUGGUGACCGUGAGGGUGCAGUACCUGGAAGACACCGACCCCUUCGCAUGUGCCAACUUCCCGGAGCCGCGCCGCGCCCCUACCUGCAGCCUGGACGGGGCGCUGCCUCUGAGUGCGCAGAUACCUGCGCUGCACCGCCUGCUGGGGGCGCCACUCAAGCUGGAAGACUGUGCCCUACAAGUCUCUCCCUCUGGAUACUACCUGGAUGCCGAGCUGUCCCUAGAAGAGCAGCGAGAGAUGCUGGAGGGCUUCUAUGAAGAGAUCAGCAAAGGGCGGAAGCCCACCUUGAUCCUGAGAACCCAGCUCUCUGUGAGAGUCAACGCUAUCUUGGAAAAGUUGUAUGGCUCCAGUGGCCCUGAGCUCCGCCGCUCCCUCUUCUCACUGAAGCAGAUCUUCCAGGAAGACAAGGACCUGGUGCCUGAAUUUGUGCACUCAGAGGGGCUGAGCUGCCUGAUCCGCGUGGGCGCUGCUGCUGACCACAACUACCAGAGCUACAUCCUUCGAGCACUGGGCCAGCUGAUGCUUUUUGUGGAUGGGAUGCUGGGGGUGGUGGCCCAUGGUGAGACGGUGCAAUGGCUGUACACACUGUGUGCCAGCCUGUCCCGCUUAGUGGUGAAGACCGCCCUGAAGCUGCUGCUGGUGUUUGUGGAAUACUCUGAGAACAAUGCGCCUCUUUUCAUCCAGGCAGUCAACUCUGUGGCCAGCACCACCGGUGCUCUUCCCUGGGCCAAUCUGGUGUCCAUCCUAGAGGAGAAGAAUGGUGCUGACCCAGAGCUGUUGGUGUAUACUGUCACCCUCAUCAACAAGACGCUGGCUGCACUGCCUGACCAAGACUCCUUCUACGAUGUGACAGAUGCACUAGAGCAGCAGGGUAUGGAGACACUGGUGCAGCGCCAUCUGGGCACCCCUGGUACGGAUGUGGACCUGCGCACACAGCUUAUGCUCUAUGAGAGCGCCCUUCGGUUGGAGGAUGGGGACAUGGAGGAAGCGGCAGCAGCAGCUGCUGCGGGUGGUCGGCGGGAGCGGCGAAAGCCAUCCUCAGAGGAGGGCAAGAGGAGCCGCCGAUCUCUGGAAGGGGGUGGCUGUCCUGCACGUACCCCAGAGGCUAGCUCCACAGGCCCUGCCUCCCCAACUGGCUCCAUCUCCACCGGCCCUGCUCUGCUGCCAAGUCCCACCUCCAGCUCUGCAAGCCCUGCUUCUGUUAUCACUUCAGUGAACCUCUUUCCUACCAUUUCCAUGGCACCCUCAGUGGACGGCUCCUGUGAGAGGAGCAUCUACAAACUUCACCAAACUGCUCCCAUUUGGGCCCCUGAGAGCCUGCCUGUCCCUCAGUCCCCAAUGGGGCAGGUCAGGCUAGAAGCCCGGUUCCUGGAGAAUGUGGCAGCAGCAGAAACAGAGAAGCAGGCUGCAUUGGCCCAGGGCCGGGCAGAGGCACUGGCGGGGGCCAUGAUGGACGAGGCUGAUGGGUCCUCGGGCACCCGGGAACUAUGGGACUCCCCAGAGCCGGCCCCUGCACCCAGAACACCCCGGAGCCCUGUGUCCCGAAUCCUACUCCGGGCUCAGAGGAGCCUUGAGCCAGAGGCCAAGGAGCCACUGACACCAUUAAGCCCCAAAGCUGAGCCAAUCCAUGAUCUCCCUACCCGUGAACCCAAGCUGUGCAUUGGGGACCUGGACUUCUCAGAUCUGGGGGAGGAUGAAGACCAGGAUGUGCUCAAUGUAGAGCCUGUGGAAGCUGGAAAGGGGAUCCCACCCCCACCUCCCUUAGUCCCUGGAGGCCCCCCACCUCCUCCACCACCACCUCUCCCACCCAUCAAAGGACCCUGCCCACCCCCUCCACCCCUGGCUGCCCCUCCUCCCCACUCAGCACUUGAUGGGCCAGCCAUCCCCACCAAGAGGAAGACGGUAAAACUUUUCUGGCGGGAGCUAAAGCUGGCUGGGGGACAAGGGGGCUCUGGAAGCCGCUUCGGACCCUGUCCUACCCUGUGGGCCUCCCUGGAGCCUGUCUCUGUGGACACAGCCCGGCUGGAACAUCUGUUUGAGUCUCGAGCCAAGGACAUACUACCUUCCAAGAAGGCUGGCGAGGGCCGCCGGACAAUGACCACAGUGCUAGACCCCAAGCGCAGCAACGCCAUCAACAUUGGCCUAACCACCUUACCACCUGUACACGUCAUUAAGGCUGCCCUGCUCAACUUUGAUGAGUUUGCUGUCAGCAAGGAUGGCAUUGAGAAACUACUGACCAUGAUGCCCACGGAAGAGGAAAAGCAGAAGAUUGAAGAAGCCCAGCUGGCCAGCCCUGAUGUGCCGCUGGGCCCAGCUGAGAAUUUCUUGAUGACACUUGCCUCCAUUGGGGGCUUGGCUGCCCGCCUAGAGCUCUGGGCUUUCAAGCUAGAUUAUGACGGCAUGGAACGGGAAAUUGCAGAGCCACUGUUUGACCUGAAAGUGGGCAUGGAACAGCUGGUGCAAAAUGCCACCUUCCACUGCAUCCUGGCUACCCUGCUGGCCGUGGGCAACUUCCUCAAUGGCUCCCAGAGCAGUGGCUUUGAGCUGAGCUACCUGGAGAAGGUAUCAGAGGUAAAAGACACCGUGCGCCGGCAGUCCUUGCUGUACCAUCUCUGCUCCCUGGUGAUCCAGACACGGCCAGAUUCCUCUGACCUCUAUUCGGAAAUUCCUGCCCUGACCCGCUGUGCCAAGGUGGACUUUGAGCAACUGACAGAGAACCUGGGGCAGCUGGAGGGCCGGAGCAGGGCAGCUGAGGAGAGCCUACGGAGCUUGGCUAAGCAUGAAUUAGCCCCUGCUCUGCGUGCCCGCCUCACCCACUUCCUGGCCCAAUGUGCCCGCCGUGUUGCCAUGCUGAGAGUUGUGCACCGCCGAGUCUGUAACAGGUUCCAUGCCUUCCUGCUGUACCUGGGCUACACCGCACAGGCAGCUCGGGAAGUGCGCAUCAUGCAGUUCUGCCACACACUGCGCGAGUUUGCACUCGAGUAUCGGACUUGCCGGGAACGGGUUCUACAGCAGCAGCAGAAGCGGGCCACAUACCGGGAGCGCAACAAGACCCGGGGCCGCAUGAUCACAGAGACAGAGAAGUUCUCAGGGGUGGCUGGGGAAGCCCCCAGCAACCUGUCUGUUCCAGUGGCAGUGGGCAGUGGGCCAGGCCGGGGGGAUGCUGACAGCCACGCCAGUAUGAAGAGUCUGCUCAUUAGCAAGCCCGAGGACACCACCCACAGCCGCCGCAGCAGAGGCACGGUCCAGAGCAAUUCUCCAACUACACACCCAGCAGUGGGGUCCUCUCCUGCACCCCCUGACGAGUCCUCAGGCUCCAGUUUACCCAGUGACACAUCUGAUGAGAUUAUGGACCUGCUGGUGCAGUCAGUAACCAAGAGCAGCCCCCGCGCCUUAGCUGCUCGAGAAAGGAAACGCUCCCGUGGCAACCGCAAGUCUUUGAGAAGGACGCUGAAGAGUGGGCUUGGAGACGACCUGGUGCAGGCACUGGGACUGAGCAAAGCUCCUGGCCUGGAGGUGUGAAGGGGCUGACUUUAGGAUACCUGUUGGGAUGCUCUUGCAGUACAAGAUACUAGAGUGAAGACAGCCCUGCGCAGCCAUCUGGUCCCAGGACCCUGUGUCCAUGGUCCAAUGCCUUGGCCUUAAGCAGUAUUAGUGUGUGUGUGUGUGUGUGUGUGUGUGUGUGUGUGUGUUUGUGUGUGUGUGUGCCCAUCUCC